GUUUCCCUUGAUGUCUUAACGAUCUGAGCGGAGUUUUACUCGAGUGGCCUCCGGGCCGCGGGGGGCGCUGCGGGCCGCAGGGGCGACAUUUGAGUCCGCGAGACUCCUCUCAAUGCAACACGACUUUGAUAUUUACGGAACACACAGGUGAACGUGUGUUGAGUUUAGACAUUAUGCCAACGUCAAACAGAAAGCAGCAGGGAAAGGACUCCGCGGUACAGGGGACCAACGACAGCAGCGUGGUGAGCAAGCUGUCCGCGGCGGCGAGGGGCUACUUCCACGACGACUUCCUCCGACACCUUGUGUGCAAGGAGGCCCGGAGGGCCCCGCUCGUCAACAGGGGUUACUAUGUGCGCUGGAAAGCCGUGGACUGCUGUGUGCGACGGUUCCUGCACGUCACCAAGAACUGCCCCCUGAGACAGAUCCUGUCUCUGGGGGCGGGGUUCGACUCGGCGUAUUUCCGCCUGCACGCCGACGAAGCCCUGGACGGGGCGGUCAUGUUUGAGGUGGACUUCCCCGACGUCAGCCGCCGCAAAGCCGCCCUGAUCGCCUCCAACGCCACGCUGAGGGACGCGCUGGAACCCGGCUCGCCUCCCCCCGCGGGACCGGUCCACGUGUCCAGCCGUCAGUACCAGCUGAUCGGGGUGGACGUCCGAGAGGAGUCCCGGGUGGAGGAGGCUCUGGGUGCGGCUGGUCUGGACCGCACGGCCCCCACCCUCGUUCUCUCCGAGGUGGUGCUCACCUACAUGGAAACGCAGUCGUCGGACGCCGUCAUCAGCUGGGCGUCGAGGCUCCUGCCGCGGUCGCUCUUCGUCGUGUACGAGCAGAUGCGUCCGGGCGACCCCUUCGGCCGGGUCAUGCAAACCCAUUUCCGCAAGCUGAAUUCGACGCUGCACGGCCUUCGGCGGUACCCGGACGCCGCGGCGCAGAGGCGGCGGUUCCUGGACCGGGGCUGGGAGCAGUGCGUGUGUCUGGACAUGAACGCCUUCUACCUCGGGAUGCUCCCCGAGGAGGAGAGACGCAGGGUGGAGAGCCUGGAGCCGUUUGACGAAUAUGAGGAGUGGCACCAGAAAUGUUCACACUACUUCAUCCUUACUGCCUCCCGGGGCCCCUCGAUGGCUCAGACGUUACUCACCCCUGCUCCAGCCCCCUCCAUUGUCCCCUCCUGGAGCCCCGCGGCGCUCAGCGCUCGGCCCGUGGCGCUUGGCGUGGAGGGUCUGGGGAUGGCUUCCACCCCGUUGAGCCCGGGGCGGGUCCUGCUGACGGGAGGCUCGGCCAGAGGAGGCAGGGGGCCGGUGACCCGGAUGCUCCUCAGGGACGAGGGCGGCUGGAGAUCCGUCGACGUGGAGCCAACAGUGGGUUUAGGUGUCCGGCUCUACCACACCGCCACCCCUCUCCCCGGGGGAGGGGUCGUGGUCUUCGGGGGCCGCUCCUCCCCACUUAACCCGGUCAGGGCCCUCAUGAGAGUAACCCCGGACGCCCUCGGCCCCCCCGCCACAGGGAAGCUGUGUGUGGAGCCGAUGGUCUGUACGGGAGAGCCGCCGGCGCCAAGGUGGAGGCACACCGCCACCGCCGUCCGUCACAAGGGCAAAAGCUUUCUGUUCGUGUUCGGUGGAAAGAAUGAAUCGGAGGCAGCGCUGAGUGACAGCGGCUUCCUGAGUGUAGACCAGCAGCACUGGACCCAGGUCCCAGUAGAGGGCGCAGCGCCGGAGGCCCGCCAUUCCCACUCCGCCUGUUCAUACCGGGGGGGUGUGGUGGUGUUCGGAGGGUUAGACCGAAGGGGGGUGCCGCUGGGCGGCCCGGCUGUGCUGCGGCCGACUGACGGAGGCUUCUCCUGGGAGAGGGUGGAGGUGCGGCCCCCCGUUGUUCCCAGGUACUCCCACUCGGCCCACGUGGUGGGCCACCGGCUGGUCGUGGUCGGCGGCGUCUGGCUGCAUUCGGACGGCGUCCCGGGGGUCGCCGUGGUCGACCUCAGCGCGCGCAGCAGCGCCGAGUUCCGACUGGACACGAGCUCGGUGCCGUGGCCCCUGAUGCUGCACUCGUUCUGCUCCGAGCUGUCGGACCCAGAGGAGCCUCAGCUGCUCCUGGUGGGCGGGGGAGGAAACUGCUUCUCUUUUGGGACUCACUUCAACCUGCAGCCCGUCACUGUGGACCUCAGACCUGCAACCUGAAGGUCGAGUCACUCGGUGAAGCGCCUGAAGGACUGGACCGUCGGGCUGACGGCCCCCCAGUCGGCCGGCUUGCGGUAUUCCCCCUUCUCCAGGAAGUACUGGCGCCCGCGGUAGUUGGGGUGCUCGUAGAAGACCCACCAGCCGUCGAGGAUCUUGCAGGAGAGGACUUCCCUCCAGCGGAUCUUCUCCAGGAGAGAGGAGCAGUCCUCCGUGGCCUCGAAGGCCUGGCCCCCGAAGUCGGCCUUCUCAUACAGCUGCAGUUUGUACUGGCUCCCGCUGGUCUGCGGGGGGGGGGGAUAAACGGGGGAGAUGAGAUUUGCAUCUGUAGCGUGCAUGAAGGGGCUGCUUUUGUUUGUGUAGUGCGUACAAGCCUGGACAGACUAGAUGGAUUUUUACUUGUUGUGUAAGUGCCCCCCUUUGCCCCCCCCC